AUGGAUUGGUGCGAUAGCAUCAUUCAUGACACGAAACCAGCUACACUUCCAUCAGGAUUGAAGGUAAAGAAUACUCAGAUAGGUCCAUGUAUUUAUGGCAAAAACCUGGACAACGACAAUCUCGUUGCCGUGAAUACCCUUAUUGUCAACCCCAUCAUACCCGAAGAGGUCAUGAUCAAACAACUGUUUGAGAUUGACAACCUAGGGAUCUUUCCUCACGAAGGAGCUUUAAACA